CAAUGCUCCCAUCAGCUGUGAAAGUGGUGUUAUAAUGCGGAUCUCGCGCCGGUAUAGCUCUGGGAUCAAAAGGUCAUGAAACGAGUGCGCACCGAGCAGAUUCAGAUGGCAGUGUCCUGCUACCUCAAACGCCGGCAAUACGUGGACUCAGACGGGCCCCUGAAGCAAGGACUGCGGCUGUCUCAGACUGCUGAGGAGAUGGCGGCCAACCUCACAGUCCAAUCAGAAUCUGGUUGUGCCAACAUAGUGUCUGCAGCCCCUUGCCAGGCAGAACCCCAGCAAUAUGAAGUACAGUUUGGACGACUGCGGAAUUUUCUCACCGAUUCUGAUUCCCAGCAUAGCCACGAAGUGAUGCCUCUCCUCUAUCCUCUCUUUGUCUACCUCCAUCUCAACCUGGUCCAGAACAGUCCCAAGAGCACAGUGGAAAGUUUUUAUAGCCGCUUCCAUGGAAUGUUUCUGCAGAAUGCUAGCCAGAAGGAUGUCAUUGAGCAGCUACAGACCACUCAAACCAUCCAGGACAUCCUGUCUAACUUCAAGCUUCGAGCAUUCCUAGAUAACAAGUACGUGGUCCGUCUCCAAGAAGACAGCUACAACUACCUUAUCCGCUACCUCCAAAGUGACAACAACACCGCCCUGUGCAAAAUCCUCACCUUGCAUAUCCAUCUUGACGUGCAGCCUGCCAAGAGAACAGACUACCAGCUCUAUGCCAGCGGCAGCUCCUCACGAAGUGAGGGCAACGGCUUAGAGCCCACUGAUAUGCCCACCCCUAUUCUGCAGAAUGAGGCUGCCCUGGAGGUCUUGCAGGAGAGCAUUAAGCGCGUCAAGGAUGGCCCUCCUUCCCUCACUACCAUCUGUUUCUAUGCCUUCUAUAACACAGAGCAGCUGUUGAACACUGCAGAAAUCUCCCCAGAUAGCAAGCUGCUUGCUGCUGGGUUUGACAACUCCUGUAUAAAAUUGUGGAGUUUACGAUCUAAGAAGUUAAAAUCAGAACCCCAUCAAGUCGACGUGUCCCGCAUCCACUUGGCUUGUGAUAUUCUGGAGGAGGAGGAUGAUGAGGACGAUAGUGCAGGCACAGAGAUGAAGAUCCUGCGGGGACACUGUGGACCAGUGUACAGCACGAGGUUCCUCGCAGACAGCUCAGGGUUGCUCUCUUGUUCUGAAGACAUGUCCAUUCGGUACUGGGACCUCGGGAGUUUCACCAACACUGUGUUGUACCAAGGACAUGCCUACCCAGUGUGGGACCUGGACAUCAGCCCAUACAGCCUGUACUUCGCCAGCGGGUCUCACGACCGCACUGCACGACUGUGGUCAUUCGAUCGGACGUAUCCGCUGAGAAUAUAUGCAGGACACCUGGCAGAUGUGGACUGUGUCAAAUUCCACCCGAACUCCAACUACUUGGCCACAGGCUCAACUGACAAGACUGUCCGGCUGUGGAGCGCGCAGCAGGGGAACUCGGUGAGGCUCUUCACCGGCCAUCGCGGCCCCGUGCUUUCGCUUGCCUUUUCUCCCAACGGUAAGUACUUGGCAUCAGCUGGCGAGGACCAGCGGUUGAAGCUUUGGGACUUGGCCUCCGGGACCCUUUAUAAGGAAUUGAGAGGCCACACGGACAAUAUCACCAGCCUCACCUUCAGUCCAGACAGCAGUUUGAUCGCCUCCGCGUCCAUGGACAACUCCGUGCGUGUCUGGGACAUCAGGAACUCGUAUUGCAGCACACCUGCUGAUGGCUCCUCCAGCGAACUCGUGGGCGUGUACACGGGGCAGAUGAGCAACGUGCUGAGCGUGCAGUUCAUGGCCUGUAACCUCCUCCUCGUGACGGGAAUCACGCAAGAAAAUCAGGAACAUUAAAUUUUUUUUUAUCUUUGUUUUUACGGACUGGGGCCCUGGCGAAAGGCCUCCAGAUAGCAAGUCUUAGGACAGACUGAAAUGGAAUCACUGACAGACUGUGAAAGACUUCCCGCCUCGCAGACACCCUCCCCCCAGAGGGCCAAGGACAGGGACUGAGGAAGGCAGUGACAAGAGGCUCUGCAGUCAAAGAAUUUAGAUGCCCUGGAGGUGCGCGGCGGUGCUUACAAAGAUCCCGCCGCGUCCCACACAGGCACCCUCACGUCUCUGUCUCACGAACGCCGCUCACCUCCCUGAGCACUGCGUGUGGCCCCCUGGCUGUAGCAUCGCUCAGGGAGCGGUGCUGUAGGUCCCAGGCCCCGGCGCCGCAGGAGGGAGACUUACUUGGGGAGGGGCGCAGGUGGCGACAGGCGGGGUCGGGGAUGGUCCUGGCAAAGUCUUUCCGUAAUUACAGAGAACCAGGAUUUUUUUUAUUAUUGUUAUUAUAAUUAUAAUAAUUAUUAUUAUUAUUGAGAAGAGGAAACCUAGCACUGGCAGAGGGUGCCUUCUCUGCUCUCAUCUUUCAGGUUUGACUCCUGGCACUGGCUGUGAUACUUGGAAUUUUGAGGUUCAGGGAAUUCAGAGAAUCUGGUAGCACAGUGUAUUGGGAGAAAGGGAAAAUUCCUGGGUGACUGAUUGAUCACUGACAUGUUUCUAGAAGUGGGUGGGUGGAUUUGACUGAGAAAGUCUUGGGCUCUUGCAAUGAUGGUGGGAAAGAGAUUCUUUUCACGGCUGCGCUUCUGUUCACAGUUCUCUCCCCCUGAAAGGGCAGAUUGUGAUAAAGAAAUGAAAAUAAUUGCAAAUGAGAAGCCACAAGAUAGAAUUAGAAUAUUGAGUUUCUAAAUGAGGAUUUACCCAGAGGUGUGGCUUUUUCCACAUCUUUUUCUCCUGAGAUCAUCCGCUUCCGCCUCCUGCAUUGCAAUAGCAGUUUAAUGAACACUUUGUGAAGCAGAUUGUAAGUACCUACGCACGCAUAUAAAACUAUGCUUUGAGGAUAAAGCACGUUCUAAUUUGUGGGAAAAGGAUUAAAUAUUUCUGUUUUCUGAAAAGAGUUCUUUUGUAUUUUGUUUUCUAUUAAAAUGUAUUUAGUUUUAAAGAAAAAAAGUGUUGGCAUCUCAUUUAAACUGUGAGGACAGGCAGGUGUGUGCUCCAUCCCAGGGACGAGCAGCUUACCAUCUUCAGGAAAAUAGCCAGGUAUGCAGGCCAGACUCGCCCCAGCAGGGGUGCGUUCUUCCCACCCUGUGCUGUUCCGCUGGCUUUGCAUCACGAGGAUCACCAAUGGCUGUGCUGACCAAGACAACCUGUAAUUUACCCUCUAGAGUUCUUGGGUGAGAUCUUCCAAUUUUCCUAAAAGACCCUACCUAAGGAGCAUAAGAACUGUUAUUUAAUUAGUUCUAUUUAUUUAACAAUUCCAGAUAAAGGACUCAUCCAAAGAUGAGUGGUGCCAAAACUUAAAAGUAUACUUUGAAACAUGACUUACUGGCAAGGACCCCCAUAUCAGGGAAUUAAAUAGGAAAACUCUAGAAUUCUAUGCCAAAAUAAUGUGGUUUUUUUUAACUUGAGCCUGAGAUGCUAAUUGAUAGAAAGUGUUUCUUACUCAUAAAAAUACUAAUAUUUGACACAUUGUAAGAAGGAUCUCUUUUGAGUUUAGCCAGAUGACAUUGCCUUCCAUGUGGUCUGCAAAUGAAGCCUAGAAUCAAAUGUGUUCUUUUCUGUAAUAAGUGAACUCUUAGAUUGUGUGAUAUAUUGCUAGAAACAAUAAAACCUCUGAGUUGUCACUCUGAGAUGUGAAAAUACCACUGACUUAGGAUGAUUUCAAAGGUUUUGUGUCUGUGUGAUAAUGCAGAAUUUCUUUGAUUAAACACAAAAAUGUAUUAGGUUGGUCAUUUUUCACAUUAUCGAUCAUGUAUAUACUUUGUGAUUUCAGUUGAAGUUCUUAAUUAUCUGCAUAUUUGGCCCUUUUUUACCUUUUGUGAACUGAUUUUAAUGUGGGGUAAUUUAACUUUGUAGAAUGCCUCUUACAACUUCCCCCAAAUCUUAGAAAUUAUAAGGGGUAUGUCUGUAUGUUUAUGUCCACAAGGGUGCAUAAAAACAUGAUUACACUCUUCAUGUUUGUCUCUUGCAUUGUUUUAUCUUCAAAGCAGUCCUGUGAGGUGCAUAGGAAAGACUAAAACCCAGAAAACCUGUUAUCUAUCCACACCCAACAUGUGGAUAGCCACAAGUCUUGGAUAUGUUAAAUAAGAUCUAAAUUCUGUAUCUUCAAUUUCUAGCUGGAGUAUAUAUCCCUGAAAGUAGUAGAAAAAAAUUUUACCUGUCCAAAGUGGAAAUAUAAAGAUGAAUAAGUCAUUUAACAAGUGUGUAUAUAGUGCUUUCUGCCAGAAGAUACUCCAAGUGCUUUAUGAAGAUUAACUUAUCCUGUAAUGACCCUCUGAGGAUAAGCACCAUUUUUAUCCUCGUUUUAUAGAUGAGGACCCUGAGGCCCCACUGGGUCUUGCCAAAGGAUCACACAACUCUUAACAGGUGAAGUCAGAAUUUGGCCAGGACAUUCUGGCUCCAGGGUCCGUGAUCUUAUCCACGUUGUCUUCCUUCAUUUCCACAAGACCAGGUGGAGAGUGACCCAAGGUUAGUUGUGACUAACUGUCCCUGGCAAUAGUUAUAAGACUUAUGCUUCCCUUUGCUAAAGAGAUCAGCAGCAAGCAGCUUCGGGAGCUGGCAGUAAGAACAAGCCUAAACAUUAUGUGACUAAGGGAAACUUGAAAAUACUCGGUUAUUCAGAACAACAAUAAUAAAUCCCUGUGAUGGGUGUGAGAACAAGUGGAAUUUCCUAGACUUGCAGUCUCAGAAAAUCUGACUAAUUUUAACAUAACAGUAGAAAGAAAGAAAAUUGGGAUAAAGGAAAGUAAUGAAUAGAGAUGAAAUUGAAGGCUUUUCUAUUCAAGAUGAAUCUUCUGAGGGUAUUAUUAGAUUUUCAUUUGUUUUACUUGUGUAUUUAAAGUGUCUUGGUUGUGUAAAGAAAAUGUAUUACAUAUGUAGGCUUCUAAUUUUUCUAUUGCCCAGAUUGGUAUUUAAGUACAUGGAUUAAAAGAUUAGUCUGUACUUCAACUUGUCUUUCAGUUGCAUGUUUUAGAAAAAAGUGUGCAUCCUCACCAGAAGUACAUACCUUUGACAUAUGGCAGCCGAUUGACUGAAACUGCUUUGUGGUGAACUGAAAAUCAUCAUAGAAUUUAAGGAAUGUAGCCCCUCCCUGGUGGCGCAGCAGGUUA